AGUGUCUUCCGUAAAGCCCGUCCGAAACCACUCCUCAUAUACGAGAAACGGAAAACCGAUACAAACGAAAAAUCAAACCAUACACCUGACAUACCAAAGUAAGACCUAUCUAUACACCGUUUCUCUCUGAAAAAGUACAGAGAUCGUCUUGUGCGACUUCACAGCCUGCGACAAAUAUUAUAACUACGACUAUCGAAAAUGGUAAGCCGUUUAAUAAUCAUUUUAUUUUAUUUUUAUUUUACACUUUAUGCUAUUUGUACAUUAUUGUUGUAUUGUUUUUCCCGUCACCACUUUCGCUGAAAGUAAAGUACGAAUUUUCUCGAAGAUUAUUUUUGAUGAAUCGCGUGUUGUCGUCGUCGUCUUGUCGACAUUUCGGAAUGUUUCGAAGACAUUAGUCACGACGAGUUUCUUCGUUUUUUUUUCUCUAUGUACCAUCACGCGCACUUUCUAUCCGCGGGAAAAUUGUCAUUUCCCGGGACCUUGCGUUUGUUAGGUAGGUACGUUUUACAACCAAAAACCGUCGCUAAUCGAUUUGACUGUUGUGCGUCUCUGCAAUGGGAGGACAAAAAAAAUAUAUACAUAUAUAUAGGUACGUAGCUAGUUACAUAUUAUUUAUUAUAUUUCUGCGGUUUUCACUUCUUUUAAGAAUAUAGAUAUGGUACCUAUAUAUAUACCUAUCUAUAGUUAGAAUUUCUGAAAAUCUUCGCAUUGACGGACGAUGAACAUGUGAAAACAAAAAAAUAAAAAAAUAUUGCAAAGAUAUAUUUCAUGUAUAUUAGAUUCGGAGCACUAUACAUUGAAAUCUCAUUUAUCCGGCUCCAUCAAUUUAGAUUUCGCUUAAUCCGGACAGUUGCUUAAUGAUACUUAUUAUUAGAAUAAUCACAAAAUACAUUAAAAUUAAUUAACUCAAUUUUAUAAAUAAAUUAAUGUCAAAGGAAGAUCACAAAAGAUCAGUAGUUACUUAAAACCAGUAAGCGAGUUGAAUGUGGUCAGUGAAGGUGUGCUUUGAUUGCCAUGUUCUAAUUCUGUACUGCAAUAAUUAUUCUGUAAUUUUUAGGGCCUAAUACCUAUUGAUAGCAGGUCAUAAAAUGGUCAUAAAUGUACAAUACAGUAGGCUACUGUAUUGUAUAUUCAUAUUAAAUGUUGUAUAUUAAAAUAACCUUUGUAUUUCUUAAAUUUAAAGUAUAUUUUAAAAUUUAAAAAAUAACAUGUAUACACCUUAUUUUUACUAAACAGAGUUUAAAUAUAUACUUUGGCUAAUUUAAUUUGGCUAAUUGGUUAAUUCAAAAAUUAAUUAAUUUGGACAACAUAGAGCUACUAUUAGUCUGAAUUAAUGGAAGUUUUUGUGUUUUUUAUUUUAUUUUCAUAAGUCUUCAAACACCUUUUCUAAUAGAAAUAUUGCACCAAUCAAAAACAGUAUAGAAACUUUUUUGUAGAAUUUCCUAUCUGAAAUACGUAGAUAAAGAGUUAAUUUCAUUGUUUUACAAUGAUGUUUAUUCUUUUUUUCUGUGAACAACUUUUUACCAGAAAUUUUGCUUUGAUUUUAAAAUGUAGCACUAUUUCUGAAAGGAAAUUAAACUGGGGUGGUAAGAAGUCAUUUUUUGAUUUUCUCAGGGGUUUUCAUAAUAAAUGGGAAAAACCGGGAAGAAGCGUUGGAAAAAUGGGAAAAUUUACGAACCUUUUAAAAUAAAAAUAUUACAGCCUUUCAUAACAUCUAUAAUCGAACUAUGCUCAGAAUCGUUUUUUAUUAACAAUGAUUAAUCGUUGAAUACAGAUAUACAUUAAAUUUCCCUUUUACCUUCCAAACUGCUCACCUACAAUAGUGACCCACCCAUCGUGCGAAGUGAAUACGCAUGUUUUUUGAUUUUAAUUUUAGUUUUCGUAAUUAAAAGUGGCACACUCAUAAGCAGUAGCUUAUUUUUUUUAUCUGGGCCUAUCGUUACUUUAAUAUACAAAUUAUUGAUGCUAUAAACACGCGAGUGAACGAACCUCGCAGAAAACAUUAUAAAAUUCAUAAUAUAAUGUACAAAAUAUUAUAUUAUAUUGAUGGUCGCUAUACAUUAUAUUAUAUCGAUGGCCUGUUGUAUAGGUACAUGUGCAUGUGUAACAAAUCGCUAAUAAUUGUGGCGGACACCGUGAGCGCAUACCAUCACACCGCGUUAAAUACGUUAUCCGAGUACCUAUAAGAAAAGGAGUGUAUAUAAUAUAGGUUAUUCUAUUAAGAUAUCGUGGGAAAAAAAGUGACGUGGAAUAUUCGGUUAAGAGCUGACAUUAUUAUACGGUACCUUUAUACAUUUGAGGAAAUGGGCUAAUAAUAAUAAUUUAGCAAUUUAAUUUAAGGCACUCAUGGAAUAGGAAAUAAAUGGAAAUCGAGUUCGUGGAAAUUCGAUUGUAUCCGAUAAAAAAUAGUGAAAGUCUAUAUUAUACGAAAUAAGGUAGGGGGAAAUAAAUAUGGUUGAAAAUCUGACUUAGAAAAUUAUUGAACGUACUUAUUUGUCGAUAGAAAGAAAUUGGCUUUUUUUUUGGAUCCUACUUUUAAAUUACCAAUUUCCAUAGUCGAGUUCCGUAGAGAAGACGAUUUUAUGAUUCUUAUUUACUACAUACCCUCCCAUUGAAAAUUCCUGGGUAAAGCACUGAGGGUUAUCUACUUCUAAAUAAAAUUGCUAUAAUAUUAUGUGUGUGAACGAAUUGUUAUUUGCUUUGUGUAAAUUCUAGAAAAAUGUUUUAAUAUCUGAAAUAAAUUAAUGUUUCUAAAUCGAAGGUAUAAUAUUUUUUGAUGUACUAAUAUUCUGAAAAUGAUGUCUGGGAAACAGAUUAUUUGAUUUUGAAAUUAAAGCGUAAUUUCGAGUAUUUCUACUUGAAACAAAGAUAUGUUCGUUAGACGACACGAUGACUGUAUGACGAUUUUAAAACAUUAGCAAUAAGAAUACUCGUAUUACAUUGUCUGUAAUAUGUAUUUAAUGGAACUACUAAGUAACUAUACAGUGUAUAUUUGAAAAAUUGUUAACAUCAUAAGUUUAAUGAAAAGAUUACAGUUUUAAAGCAUUAUGAGUAAAAAAAAAAAAAAACACUUCAAAUUAUUUGAUAUUCGUUUAAGUUAUAUAGGUAUUCAUUUUUAAUUAUUUUAUUUCUUGUAAUUGAACCCAUUUCUAUAUAUAAAACAAAAAUAAUUAAAUAAUUUUAUUUACAAAGAUGUAUACUUUUUUUUAACUUAUACUAAUACAAAUAAUAACAUUAUAUAUAAAUUAUUAUACGUAUUAGUAUAAGUUAAAAAAAGUAUACAUCUUACUAUCAACUCUGAUACAUAGUAAAUUAUGUUUUUAAGAAAAACCUUGAUGAAUAAUCAAAAUAAUUUUGGAUUAAAGUGAAAAUCGCUUUGCGUGACACCUUAGUCAUCAAUUGUGGUUAGGUACCUACCUUUUAUAUGUAAUCGUUACUGUUUUUUUCCGGUUAUGGGUGUAACGUUAUAAUGGAAUUUUCUUCGAACAAUUCAUUUGCCUAUAGUUUAGAUUAUAUUUUGUAUAGAAAUAAAAAAAAAACCAUAUGAGAUAAUGAUAAAUCAAAUAUUAGAUAUACAUCCAUAUAGUGAUUUAUAUAAAUAUGAAAGCGAAAUAUAUUUGGUCAUGUUUAACAAAAUAUAUUUGAUUGUAAGAAAAAAUAUUUUUUGGCCUCAAUUAUAAAUUACAUUAACACUGUAGAUUAAAUAUUUAUAUUUUAUGAAUUCUUAUUUUUUAAUGAGUUGAUAAAGGAGAAAAUAUUAUAGCCUUGGUUAUCUGGGCUACAACUGGGAUAAACCCUGAUAUAGUUACCUAUGACACCGUGUUUUAUAACUUGACCGAGUCCUAUGAAAUAGAUCAAGUCUAAUGCAAUCGACUAGUUUUUAAUAUGCAUAUGGAGUAACUAAAUAGGUACCUAUUAGGCAUUUAGGUGUAUUAGGGAAUUUAUAUUUUACUUAAGUGAUCUGAUGACCUAUAAGUAAAGCGUAUAGUACCUAAUAGAGUUGUUUUCAAUUAAAAUUAAUUUGUUACCAAUUAAAAAUCAUACAAUGAAAUAGUAAUUAAAAAAAUAAGAUAUUUUAUAACUAUUUCAAAGGUCUUUUAUAAAGAACUAAAUUGUUUAAAGUUUAAUGAAUGACUAUAAAAAUAUCUUGUAAAUAGUUCCUCAAGAUAAAAAAAAAUCAAAAUAAAUACACUUUCUUACUGGAAAAUGAAUGGACUGUUUUAUUUUUACUCGAUGAAAUUUGGUACCUGCUUACAUUUUUGAAAAAAAAUGUGUUCUUUUUUUUUAUUCAGUAAUGAAAUGCUGUAAAUACCUAAUUAAUUAUUAUAUUGAGUAGGUACCAACAAUAUACAUAUUCACAUAUCAUAUACAUUUAAAUUAAAUUGUUUGAAUUGCAUAUGAUUUAUACGUAUAUGAUAAGUAAAACAUAUAUUUUAUUAUACAAUAAUUUUAUAAUAAUUAUAAUUCAUUACCUUUACACAAAAUCAAGUAUUAAAUAACGUUAUGCAAUAAUUAUAAGAUAUAAUAUAUAGUUUACAACUAUUAUACGAGAAGUCUUUCUCCAAUGUUUAACUUUAGAGGUGAUUUAUGGUAGAAAAUUUUGUCUAAUUGAUGCACUGUGGAAAAACAUUUAAAAAACUGGACAAUUUACGCAAUAUUAACAGUUAAUUUAGUUAAAUAUAAUCAUAAUAAGACAUAAAAUAUUUACCAAAUACUUAUUUAGUUACUUAGAUUUAGAUACUUAUUUAGCCUAAUUAGAAAGUGGUAAAAUUUUCAACAUAUUUGCUCAAGUUAUUAAUUUGUUUGAGCUAUUUAUAGCCAUUUGCAACUAUCGAGUUUUUAGUUUUUAUUUUGUUUUAUGUGGAUUCGAUUUUUUAGGGUUAGUAUAAAAAUACUCAAAAAUUUAACACAGAGUUUAUUAUAAGUUGUUCUUUAUGAUAAAAAAAUUAAACAAAUUGAGCGGAAUAUAAUAAUUUUUUUUGUAUAAACGUACAAUUUUUGUUUUAAUAUCAUAUAAAUAAGUGAAUCAAAAAUUAUAAUCUGAUAUACUUUAUUUAAUACAAGUGAUCUAACGACGUGAUUGAAUUGUUUACACGAUAAUAAUACUUAAGUAGACAAAAUUGUGCAACACAGGUAACUAUGAUAUUGGUAUAGAUAGGUCAAAACACAAAAACAAGGAAAAUAGAAAUUGUUGUUUAGUCAUCACGAUAAACCACAUAAAAGCAUAAUGGGUGUGCAUUUUGUAUUAUUAUUAUUAUUAUUAGUUAUUGAACACAGCUAGUCUAUAAAACCGUAGCUAUUGGGUUUCAACAGUUUUAUUAGGUACGUGAUAAUUGUAUAGUAUGUAAGUACAAUAUCGCGCGUACUUUUAAUAUGAAAGUAGGUAAAAUAGUUUUUAAAAAAAAGACAACAAAAAUCCCGUUACAUUGGACAGGCUAUAUAGAUUGUUGUAGAGAAGAAACAAAAAAAAAAAAAAAUACAUGGACCUAAACUAUAUUAUUACUAUAUAAAUAUGACAACGGAGAAGAUGAGAUUGUUGCAUUGGUGCGAUAGUUAAGAGUGUCAGCAACGGAAACAAUUUAGUUUUUUAAAUUAUUUAGGUACAUAAUAAUAAUACAUAACGUAUUUAUACUGUGUUUCCAUCAUUGAGGUAUUUGAUAUUUUUGAGUGAAUGCAUUUUUACAUUUUUUCUUGAAGUGCUAUAAUAUUGACACAACUUUGAAAUACUACACUCGCACAACAUACACUGUGUGCCGCAUAGUAACUGCAGAUUCAAAGUUAUAUCGUUAAUGUUUGAGUUUUUUUUUCUAAACAAAAAUUCUGAACGAUUUUACGAUAAGUAUAACGUCUAUAUAACAGGCUUCUGUAUUUAUUUUUGAAUAAAUUGUUAUUAUUAUAUGUUUAUUAUAUUUACCGAGUCUACGAAUGUAAUAAAUCCAUAAGGUAAUUUUUAAAAAUAGGUUGAUUUUGCACAUCAAAAUUUACUGAAUACGUUCACUUAUAGUAACUACUUUUUAACAUACGGCCAUGCCACUCAAAUAUAGGUACCUAUUUUAAAUGGCUCAGUGCCCAUUAUAAUUUUUCUUAACUGAGCUAGUUCAUAUUUCUAUUAUAUUAUUAAAUUUUAACGUCUAUUGAAAAUGAAGAAUUUUUUUAAGAAUUUUGUCAAAAAAAUAAUGGAGUUUUCUGGAAAUUUACGGUAUUUUGAUCCCUACUUAGCUUUAAUUAAUUAAUUAUUUUUUUGAACGAACGUAACAUGUAUACAUUUGUUUUUAGUUUUGAUUUAUAGUUAAUAAUUAGUUAUUAUUAUUAUAAUAAUAUUAUAGUAUAGGAUCGAUGACCGCUGCGCUACCGAACGUAACGUAGUAACGUGUUGUUUUUGACAUAAGUAUAUCUUUCUGUGCGCAGGAAUAGUUACAAUUACAAAUUAUUUUGUACAUUUCCGCAAUUGUUUAAUUAAAAAUACGGUACGUGUAUGAUGUUAAAUAAUAAUUUCAGUUGAUGAUUACUGUUUUGUAGACCAAAACAUACGCAAUAUCCAAUAAUUGAUCCCAUACGGGUGAUAGAAAUGCCAAAAAAAAAAAAAAGGCAAGUGCUGACGAAAAGGGCGUAGGCUCUCUGGGAGUGGAGGUGAAGUAUUGUUUGUAGUAUCGAUGAUUCGGGACACGAAUACGUGUAGGUAGAACUUGAUUUAAAACCGAAAAUCAAAUUAAAAGCUGUUGGUGAUUUUUAUUUUAUCAGAAUUUCGGUUUUCGAUAUUCAUAAAGUCGAUAGUUAUAAAUUAUAACCCUUGUGUAUUAUAACUUAUUAUUUAGUGUAAUUUUUUGUACCUAUAUAUUUUUGUAGGUUUUUAAGAAGUCGGAUAAAUUUGUAUUGUAAAAAAACGAUAUAAUGUGUGGUGGUAAUUUGUUUAGUGCUAAGAGAGAUUCAGGUAAAUUGUAUGCUCUAAAAACAGGCGUGGCUUCAGGGAUUAAUUUGGGGGACAUCUUACAAACAAUAAUACAACAUUUUAACAUUAUGAGUUUAACUCGUCUGGUUUUGGUUGUAGCAAAAUCAUCUAAAAUGUUAGAUAUUUCAUUGAAAAUAUCGAUUUCUGGAUAAACACAAAUUCAACAAUUCAUCCUUUGACACCCUUAAUCAAAACCACGUUUUCACUUUCUUAGGGAGAAAAAUAAUUUGUAUUCGAAUCGUUAGUUGUGCCAGGAAACGGGAGAGGCUGAAAAGCAGUGACUGAUAAAACAUUUAAUUUUUGAAGCUCUUUAUUUUUAAACUAACGAGUAUAUAUUUAUUUUAAAAUUAAAUUAAAUUGUGUUUUCAAAAUUAUUUUUCUCUUUAUCACAAUUGUAUUUAUUAAAUAAGUUAUAUUUUUUUGUGACUACGGAGUCAAAAACCUAAUUGUAGCUAUACUCGCCUACCGGAAAGGUGGACAGACCAUUUUUUUAAAAUUAUUUUUUUAUUAAAGUACUGCGAUAAGCUGUAAUUAUUAUAAUAUUUUGUCAUCUCGCGUUUCCGUUGCCUGGCGCCGUCAAAACACUUUGUUAGAUUCGGGGGGGAGGGGAGAGUGCGUGUAUGGUGUGAUGGGUAUGUAGACGAAGACUAAUAGGCACCUACCACGGUCAUCGUCACUGUCGUUUUCGGAGUCUCAGGAAAAAUAAUGACGCACGGAGUCGAGUCGUAAAAAUAAAAAAAUAAAUAAAUAAAAAAAACCGUGUGGACGCGAUAUUAUUAAAAUAAUAAUAUCAUACACGGUAAGGUGGUAACCGCGGUUGGUGACAAUAACCGAAGUACGGUUCUCUGUUUUCCCUUUCACUCCCGCCCUUUCCGAUUAUAAUAUCCGUUCUGCCGAACCCACUUGGAUGUACAUUACGAGUCACCGUCCGGCCGCGAAAACUUACCCGACAUUGCGUUCGUUUCCAAUUAUUAUAUUUGGCCAUUCAUAUUAUAUAUACCUAUAUUGUAUAAUAAUAUGAUUUCGGUCGUAAGUCGUUUGUUUUCUUUUUUGUCGUAUCCGACGUUUACUGUGCAACGACGAAGAUAAUAUUAUUAUUGUGUGGUGUAUAUUAUAGUAUACUAUAGCCGUUUAUUAUAUUCGUAUACUUAUAAUUUCGCCACUCCCGUCCGGUCGGGUUAUUCGUUCUUUUUUUCUCCUACUCAAUACUCACCCGUUUAACAAUAUAAUAUUUUAUUGACGUACACGCGUUCAACCGCGCAGGGAUCGGUGCAUUUACAUACGAUUGUGUUUUCAAUUCUGUACAUGAUAUUAUAUAGGUAUGUACCUAUACAAACGGUAUGUGGAUCCAUUGUGUUUAAAUCAGUGACGUACACACUACACGAAUAAGUUUUGUACGUGGAGAGGGGCCAGAAGCGAAAAGUUUUUUUUUUAAAUCUAUGUACAAAAUUAUAUACGAACAUUAUGUAAAAAUAAAAAGGCAAUGGAGGAGGAUCAGACCCCCAAGUCCCCUCCCUUUGUAUAUACGUGCCUGUUUCAAAUAUAUAAUAUAGUAGGUCAAAUUUUUACUUAUAAUUUGUAUUUUGUAAGAUUUUCGUACACAAAAUUAUCAAAGACAAUAAUAUACUAUUAUAAUAUAUAAUACUAUUUCUUUAUUACGAAAAAUAACUCCAUUUACUGAACAUAUAAAAAUACAUAUAUAUAUAUAUAUAUAUAUAUAUAUAUAUAUAGUAUAAAACAUAGUUUUAAAUAACUGUAUAGCUUAUACUUGUAUAAAUAAGCAUUACAAAAUCAUGUAUAAAAUAAAAAAAAAACAGACAUACUUCGCACGAUGGGUUGCCACUGUUGUAGGUGAGAAGUUGGUAAGAUAGAGAGGGAAUUUAAUGUUUAUCUGUACGCAAAGAUUUAUCAUUGCUAACAAAAAAUGAUUCUGAGCGGAGUUAGGUAGUAUGUUAUGUUAUACAUGUUUUGAAAGGCUGUAAUAUCUACGAUUUUAAAAUAAUACAUUUCGUACGUUUCCCCAUUUUUCCCAUUUAUUAUGAAAACCCCUGGGAAAAUCAAAAAAAAAAAAAGACUUUUUAAAGUCCCAUCCCAAUAAAAUUUUACUGAAUUGAGCGAGAUUGAGAGUCAUAUCACCUUUCCUUUGGCCUAAAAAUACAUACAACUAUGAACAGUAUUUAUUAAGUAAUUUAAUUUUGAAAUGUUCAUUGUACUUCAACCAAGUUACAAGAAAUACUUGAUUGAUUAAUUGAAAAGUUUUUUUUUUUUAUCGGAUUUGGCUUUUAAAUUUCCAUGCUGAAUUAAAUAUACAUCGUAUAAGAAGAUUGUACGAUUUAUUCAUGAGUAUUAUUCACUAUUCUUACUUUAGCUUCCAUUGAAAAUGUAUAGACACGCCACUGCAACUAUAUAUUAUUGAGAUAAGCAGAUAGUUUUUUUUUUUUUAUGUAUACCGAGUGAUCCAUUUAUGUGGAUACACUUAUUAUCUCGGAAAGUAUUAACUUUUUCCCGAAUUGUUUUUUAAAACUUUUAAGAAAUAAGCUGCUCUACAAUUUUAUAUUUAUGCUAUUUUUUAUCACCUAUAUUUUCGGGGGUAAAGCCACUACUUACUUUUGAUUUUCAAAUGGUACCUGUAUUAAAAAGUCCAUAAAUAUAUGGAGUAUUAAUUAAAACAAAUUUAAGUGUUGACAUUUUUGAUUUCCAUCGAUCCGUUGACGAGAUAUUCCAUUUUUAAGUUUGGAUUGGAGGAGAGUGGUGGUACAUUAUCAACAUGCCGCACGCCGUGCUGUCACUACUCUCCUCCAAACUAAACUUAAAAGUGAAAUAUCUCGUCAACGAAUCGAUGAAAAUCAAAAAUUUAAACACUAACUAUACCAUAUAACUGUCUUUUAUAUUUAAAAAACAUUGAUGAUGGGGAUGGGAGUGGCCACUGUUGUAAGUGAAAAUAGGUACGAUACAUAAGGUUUUUUCAUUUAUAUCUGUAAGCAACGAUAAACCAUUGCUUGACAAAAGACGAUUCCGAGCGCAGUUUGGUAAUACAUAAUUUAAAGUGCCGUAAUUUUUUUUUUGCGAUUUUUGUUUAAAUUUGAUUUUAAAACGUUUAUUAAAAAAAAAAAAGUCAUCCGAUGAUUUUUAAACUUUUACCACAUCUAGGUAAGUUCAAUAUAAUUAUUAUUACCAAGUUUCAAGUCUCUACGUAUAUUUAUAACUAAAUUACAGCAAAAAACCUACUAAAAAUUAAAAUUCCUUAAAAGCUCAAAAGUGGCUCAAAAGUUUUAGCGAUGAUACUGUAAGAAAUUAAAUUGGCAAUAAAAAAAGUAUCGUGUGAUUUUUCGAUAAAAUUAUGUUUUUUUGGUAGUAAACAUCGUCCAUGUUUUUAUAAAAUAAUGAAAUUAUAUGUAUUUCUACGUUUUUUUCCCACUUCAGUGCUUUUAUUUAAAAAAUGGCAUCGAAAAUUAAAAAAUGACCUCUUUAAAGUACAAUCUAAACAACUUUGAGCUUUCAGAAAAGUUGUUACACGUAAAAAUCGGAAUUUAAUAGGAAAAAACGUGUUCACAAACUAGAAUAAAGAAAAAAAAAAUUAACAUCUUAGUAAAACCAAUAGCUCAAUCGCUACGCUCGGAAUUUAAAAUGUAAUUGAAAUUUACUCCGUAAAUAAAUGAUAUUAUUAUUAAUAUUGCAUCAAUUCAUUUAUUGUACAUAUACAAAUAUUGUGGUCAUGCCAUUUAUUGAGUAUAUCCAAGUACUGCAGUAGUCGUUAGUUGAACAAUAGUUUAAUUAUGUACAAUCGAUUUCUUUCAAAUGCAUAACUACAAAGUUUUAAUUAUUACUUAUAUAUUUCGCAUUUUUAAUAAUUUUUCAAAAAAAUCAACAUUUUCAAUCAUUUUCCUAGAAAAUAAAUAAAAGUGUAGAUAAUUUUAAAUCAGUUAUCUUUAUUCGUAAAUUAUUGUAAAUCGUAUAUAUAAAAAUCACGUGUACGACGAGUUUACGUACGAUGCACUCUAAAACUAUACUCAAUCGAUUUUGAUGAGAUAGUGCUCAAUGUGUUUGGUCUAAGAUAGAUUAUUAAAUAUUUUUAGUAUGAAAAUUGAAUUUUUUUUGUUGAAUUAUGAGUUACUUUAGUUACAUGGGUGAAAUGAAAAACAAUUUAAAACAAAAAAAUAAAUAAUAAGCAGAAAUAAAAAUGUCAUAACAACUAUACAAAUUUAAAAUAAAGAGUCUAUGUGACUCAGACGUCUGUCAGUAUAUUAUUGGCUAACAACACUACACUACUAUAAAGUACUAUUAUAUAGUCAUAAUUUUAGAGUUACAUACUAGUGGCUAUAAAGUUUAAUCCCUAUGCUAUGCGGGUAUCUAUGGUAACACGGAUCAAAAAGUGUAUGACACACUUAGAAUACUUUUAGUUCGCUACUGAACCAUUCUCCAUUUAUUUUUUUCAUUAUACUCUUACGGACAAGCAAAAUGGGAAUAAAGGCAAAAAAAAAAAAAAAACGGCACAGGCAACGCCGAGCGCGGGUCAGAUAAUAAAAUAAUAUAAAUUUAAUAUAAUAUAAUAAAGAAAAGCAAUAUUAUUCCGCAUUUAAUAUGCAGAUCAAUAAUUGAGUGGUGGCAAUUAGUACGCGUGUAUUUUUUGAUUUUACAGUGGACUAAAAUGUUUAACACGUUAAUUUCUAAAGCUGUAGCUACCUAACAUAUCACAAUAUGUAAAUUGAUUUGUUAAAUAGUAUUACAUCAUUUUUUCAGUUCAUUUAUGUAGAGUAUAUUAACUGUAAAUUAAAUAUAAUAUAAUGUGGGGGGUACCCGUUUCUUUAAUUGAAAUUAUAUGUUUGAAUAUUGUCUUUCUCUAGGGGGGGAUAAUGUCCUACUUGAGGGGAAGGAGACGUUCACAUUACAAUACAUUGUUCGCGAGGAAGCCGUGAAAUGUCAGCAUUCCGUAACAGAUAUUACCUAUUGCCAUUGUGUACCGGUUUUCUGCAUUACCUAUAUAUAUUUUAAUGUUGUUUUUUGAACACGCGAAGACGGGGUAGACAUCAUACAGACGUCUCUACUUUCCUCACGACCCCCGACCGCCUUACGUUGUAUAGAUUUUCGUCGUGUCAUCGGUCGCGUUUUUUUCGGAUCGUUGGUCCCCGAGCUACAAGAUGACGGAAACGUUCCGAAUCCGCGAGGACAUGGUUCACGGGAGACGUCGCUUAGUGUUAAAAAAAAAAAACCCGAAUGACAUACCUAUAUAAUAUAGGAAAAGAAAAUUAGUAGUUUGGAUAAAAACAAUACGGUUCAUUAUAUAUUUUUGCGUUACGAUUUUUUUUUCGCACGUUUUAGAACCACCUUUAUACACUGGUGCCCAUAUAAAAUGUAAUUCGGUGGCGGCGCCACGCAGGAAAUGAUCGGUGACUUUUACGCUGUUUAAUUAUUUUCCAUUUUAUUGAUUUUACGGACGAAUCGUUUCGCUGUCGUUUCUUGACAACAUAAAAAUAUUAUUUUGUUCCGUUUCGCAUUCCGUCGUGUUUAUUUUCGUGGCUAUUCUCUCUAAAUAAUAUGAUGUUAUAGCUACGAAUAUACACGAAGGACCUUCAACAAAUAUAAUAUGUUACACGCAAAAGGAUGGAGUGAGACAAAUCAAAUAAAAAUAGUACUCUAAAUUUAAGUUUAAUAAAGAAAAAAAGCCAUAAGUUAAAAAUUACAUUUAUCUCGUUAUAAGUUAAAAGUCCAAAUCCCCAAAAAACAUAGUUAACUUAAUUAAGUUAAAAAAGAGGGCUGAUAGGUGGGCCACUGUUUUCAAAAGGUAGGAUGUAUACAGUAAUUCAAUUUAUAUCUGUGUGCAACGAUAAACGAAAAAUGAAUCUAAGUAUGUCGUUAUUGUUCGUAUUUUCUCUAGCUGCUAAUAUAACCCAGAAAUCAACAAAAACUGUCAGUUUUUCCCAUUUAUUAAGAAAAUUACAAGGAAUAAUAAUAGAUUAUUUACUCGGCAAUAAAUAUAAAUACGAUUAUUAAAUUCUCUGUGACCUUUAAAAUGUUAAUGUGUUAACAAAUUUAUUCGUUUUCUAUUCGUAACAUUGACGAUUUUCAUCAAAAUUUGACUUUAAAACGAUUAUAAAAAAAAACUGCUGCAUAAUGCUCAACUUUUUUUGUUUUAUUACUUAAUAAUUUUUAGCGCCGAUUUUAUAUAAUUUAUGACGGGAGAACCCCCCGAGAAUAUCCCCGUCCUCUUGACAAUGAUUUGCUUACACCAUCCAAAUCUAAAAUUAUAAAUAUUUAAAAUAAAUAAAUAUAUAUAUAUAUAUUUAAUAUACAAUAAUCUAUUAUUUUUUACUUAUCAUUUUUGAAGUUUUGUAAAAUUCGCAUUUCACGGUAUAAUGUUUUGUCUGUUCCUGGCACAUGAAUUUCUUCGUAGACACGGCCGUUUGAACAUAAGUAAUUAUGUAUCUGUUGCAACCUGGUACGGCAGAUUGAAAUGUUGAUUGAAACGGACAGCUAAUUUUGCAAAAUUGACGGAUCGUUGGAUCCACCGGCAGCGGUAAGAGUUGUUUGUCUGUCAACACGCGUGUACGAAGUGCACGUGUCCUCCGUGGGUGGAUCCAACGUAGAAGGGUAGGGAGAAGUAGAAUCGUCUGAGUUGUUCGAACUCAUUUAAGAUGUAAAUAAUUGUUGAUCUUGAGGGUACAAAGAUCGAGGAUUUGUAAAUAACAUUUCCUAGCCAAGAAAAAUUAUAAACUGCAUUGACACAUCUUCCAAUAACAUUCCUAACUUCCGAAGAUGGCUCAACAUGUCUUGUUAUUUUCUUCUUUGUUUUCGUCGAUUAACUUGAUACCCAUUAGAUGAUAGAAAAUGAUAUCUGUUUUUACUUCUUCGGUGUUAUAAAUGGCAAAUGCUCGUUUUCGAGUGUCAUUAACACUAUCAAAAUACUGGCUAAAGGAAAUAUUUUCGGUCUUCUUUCCGGUAACAUUGUUUGUUUCAGCCGGACUACUAUCUGUUGCGAUUGACUAUGGUUGAUUCAUAACUUGUUGAUAGUGAGUCCGUAAUUGAUUCUGCACUUGAAUAAGAGGAGAUGUCAUUAAGACCCUCUUCUGGUUCUGUUGCGGAAUUUUCUUCUUCGGUGGUUCCGGAACGUAUUCUGUUUCCGAAACUCUCGAUCUUUUCACUCUACUUAUGCGAUCUGCCAUCGCGUUCAUAACUUCAGUUGAGAUCAUUGUACUCUCAGAAUCUUUUUCGAAACUCGGACUUUCGGCGAUCGUGGAAGCGGAACUGUUUCUAAUAGCGGAAUCGACGUACGUUCUAAAGUUACCCGUUCAGAUGGUAGAAUUGAGAUUUGGUUUAGUGGUUUCCUUAAUUCUAAACGUGUCUUGGCAGUUUCCAUUCUGAAAAUCUGCGCAUCUUCCUCGUCGCUCAUUAGUUAACAAACGUCGAAGGAUAGUUUUUAAAAUAUUUUAAAAAAUAAUCAAUUUUGAAAAAUAAAGAAUACAAAAAAAAUUAUACGAUAAGUGACAAGUUAAAAACGCAAACCAUAAUGUUAAUAAUGUAUCCGUUUAUAUAGGAAAAAUAUAAUUAAUAUUUAAUGUCAUACAAAAAUGUAGAUAAAAUAUUGUGACAACAAUGAUUGAUCUUUGAUCAUAAUAAUUAAUAUUAUAACAUAAUUUAGAUUACUUUGAGCGUGAAUCGAUAGCUAGAUGCUUGUCGAAAUUCUAAAAGAAUUUAUGGUACCAUCAAAGACCUUGACAACAACGACGACGUACGCGGGACCCACUAACCCAAAAUAAAUAACUUAUAAUGAACUUCAUGUUAAAUUUUUAAGUAUUUAUAUUUGGCCAAACAAUUUUACCAAUUAGGCCACCAACAAGAUCCAAAAUUCAACGUAUUAGGAUUCUGGUCAUUUUUUGAUAAAAUAAAAAUAAUAAAAUCGGUAACACUGAGGUGUGUCGUAAAUAUCUAUGCGUUUUUUCUGAAAUUUCUUGGCCAUUAAUUUUGUUAUCAAACAAAGUUUCAACAAUACAUUUUAUUUGAAAACGAUCAAGUAUAGGCGUAUAAUGUAUAUACGUAUAUAACUAUAAUAGUGUUAUUUCCGCUAUUCCAACUGUCAAUAUUUUCAAAAUAUUAUAAAAUAUUCUUUGUUAGUUUUGAAAUUUUUAGCAAACAUAUUUUAUUAUAUAUAUCUUAAUCGUAAUAUACAAUCAAGUAUAUUUUGUGUAGAUAUAUUAUUCUAGCGGAUUAUGAAAAGUUAUUUUGUCUAAAACAAAUGAAAACAUUUGUUUGUGUUAAACGGAGGUGAAUAUACAAUACUUUAAUGUUUUUAUGUCUAAAUUAUACAUUACCUAGAUAUAGCGUACGGAAUUACGGCGAAAUAUUCGUAUUUAUUAAAUUAAACAUGGUACAUAAUUUUAUAAUUAAAAUUCACAUUUAAUUAUGUAUUAAGAGUAUUGGGUCCACUUUCCCGUCCAUAUUAUAUUUCUAUAUUAUAUUAUAAAUAUAUAAAAUAAUAUAAAACAAUUUUAUCUACAAAGAUAAUUAAUAUAAUAUGUAUUGUAAUAAAAUGCAUUUAAAAUAUAUACACGUAUAAAAAAAUAUAAAUGAAUAUAUGUUGUGUCUACAUAUGGCGAAUAUGAUCUAGAGAAGUACUUAAUUGGAUCCGCUCAUAAUUUAGAGCUACAACAUUAAAAUAUUUUAUGGUAAUUUUUAUAUUUUUUUAAAUUUAUUAUUUUAUUCUUACAAUUUUUACAUAUAUAUAUAUAUAUAUGUAUAUAUCUUAUAUUCUUACAUAUUUAUGAUGUAAAUAUAUAAUAUGGACGGGGAAAUUUCUUACGAGGAAACGUCUGACGGGGAAAUGGCAGCCGAGGAAGUGUCCAUGAAUCGUAUUGAGGGGUUUAGAUACGAGAAUAAGUAUAAAUUAGAUACGAGUAAGAAAUUGAAUGUUUUUUGGUUUUAAGUAUAGUAUUAUUACAAUGCGGUAGUUAUCUUCUGGAGUGAGCUUACGACUAUGACACACGAGACAAUAAAAAACUUCGCGUGUCGUUAUAAAUGUUGACGAAAUAAUAAUUAUUAUACAUGCAUAUUAAAAAUUAAUAAUUGAAUAUCUACUAAAAACGUAUCUAUUUAUUUGCAGUGGAGCGACAAGAAAAAAUGUUCGAAAAAAAAGAGUUAACACUCCUAAAGAUUUGAUUACCUACUUAGUUUGAUUAAUUUUUAAAUAUUGUAUUAUUAUAUUUAACAGUGACGUACACGGAUAUUUUCUGGUGGAAGGUGGAAUGGAAGUUACAUUAAAGAAAUUACAUGUUAGAAUAGGUUAGGAUCUAUUAUACGUAAAGUAAAAAAAAACCAAAAGGCAGGUUUUAAAUUCUAUUUUAGGGGUACCCUCAUAAUAUGAUGAGGUAUUUUUUUCUCCCCUAAUUAGGGUUCUGAAUUGAGCUUUGGGCUACAACAAUUAAAUAUAAGACAGUGUACCUACUAUUUUUAUUUUAUUUUUUUAUUUUUAGCGUGAGUGUAUAUCCGUACACAUUGGUCAGGCCGGUGUUCAGAUUGGCAACGCUUGCUGGGAGCUGUACUGUUUGGAACAUGGCAUACAGCCGGACGGACAGAUGCCGUCGGACAAGACGAUCGGCGGAGGUGACGACAGCUUCAACACGUUCUUCAGCGAGACCGGUGCCGGAAAACACGUCCCGAGGGCGGUGUUUGUCGACUUGGAGCCGACCGUCGUUGGUAAUGCGAAAAAUUAUAUCUAAAAAUCACCUGUCUGAUCGCAAACUGGACAAAAUAAUUUUACGAAUAAGAAUAAUAAUUUCAAUGAACUAUUUUACGCAUUAUUAUUCUAUAGGAUUAGGCAUUUGUUGCUCAAAAAAUAGCUUGUGUAAAAUUAUUAUACAAGGCUAACCUAUAACCUAUCGGUUUUAUACCUCAUGAGUUAUCACAUAUUAUAUAGUACCUACAUACCUUCACGUUUGUUCGCAGAUGAAGUUCGUACCGGUACGUACAGACAAUUGUUCCACCCCGAACAGCUCAUUACCGGCAAGGAGGAUGCGGCUAACAACUACGCUCGGGGCCACUACACGAUCGGCAAGGAAAUCGUAGACAUCGUGCUGGACCGGAUCCGUAAGCUUUCGGACCAAUGCACUGGUCUGCAGGGUUUCCUAGUGUUCCACUCGUUCGGCGGGGGCACCGGUUCCGGGUUCACGUCGCUGCUCAUGGAACGUCUGAGCGUGGACUACGGGAAAAAGAGCAAACUCGAGUUCUCUAUCUACCCGGCGCCACAGGUGUCCACGGCCGUGGUUGAACCGUACAACUCCAUACUGACCACGCACACCACGCUCGAACACUCCGAUUGUUCCUUCAUGGUGGACAACGAGGCCAUCUACGACAUAUGCCGCCGGAACCUGGACAUCGAACGGCCUACGUACACCAAUUUGAACCGGCUGAUCGGUCAAAUCGUGUCGUCCAUCACGGCGUCGCUCAGAUUCGACGGCGCGCUGAACGUCGAUCUUACCGAAUUUCAAGUAAAAAAAACAAAAAAAAAAAAAAAAAAAAUGAAAAUUAUAACACGUUUAGAAAAUGCUGGUACAUGAGUAUCUGUUGAAGAUUUCAGGUCUUCACGUUUAUAUUUUUUUUACUGAAUUCCAAAAAAAAAAAAAACAAAGAAAAUUGAUUUUGACAAAGCUCAACGUUUCGUAAAUAUAUUACCAUUUGUUGGUAUUUUUUUUUUUUAUUAUUAUUAUUAGAAGACGUACAAGAAAUAUAAAAAAGUUACCUCAUUUUUUAAAAAUUGCAUACUAUUCAUAUAGGCCUUUUCGACGUCCCUUUUUAGAUUCUUAAAACUGAAUUUGAACAAAUAUAUUAUUUAUAAUAAAGAAGAGGUAAUAGGGACUUUACUUUCUAACUGUAGUAGGUAUUUCUGUAAACAUAGUGUAACUGUACAUUUCAAACUUUUGAAUUUGUUUGAAAAUUAACGUUUAUUUCAUUUUUAUUACCGUUGGUUUACGAUAACAUUUUUGGAACGAGCAGACAGUGAAGUAAUAUGAGCCAUGAGGUGCUGAUUUCCCGAGGAACGCGUACAUUUUUAUUUAUCAUUAGUGUACAUAUACAUGUACCUAUCACCUAUUAUAUUUUCUUUUCCAAGUCAAGCACUGGCGAACACGGUUAGCCUAUUUCCGCACUACAGAAACAGUAGUUGAAACGUGAAUUCAGACUGUUCAGAGACUCCGCCGGUUUCAUGCCGUAGCUUGCACGGGAAUUCCCCGCACGUGCCAUUGAAACGUUAUUGCGCCGAAUUAAUUACGAUUAGUUCCACGUUCGGUCAUGCACGAAUCGGUCUAGAGAAACUCACCUGUUAAUUACUACGCCGCAGUGAGCUCGCGCGUUCUAUCGAUUAAAAUGUAUAACGUAAAACAACAAAAAUAACAAUAAUAAUAUACAAAUGUAUAAAGCGGUUACGCAUACGUAGCCAGCAAACCGAAAGUACUGAAGUACGGUAUAGGUGUGUGUUCCGAAGUAGAUAUCCGCCAAUCUCACGAUCUGCUUCAUCUAAUUAUUCACUUUUUUCCCAUACGCCAGUGGGAUCAGCGACUCGUAUUUUUGCCCUCGUUAUAUUUUAUCGUCAUCUACUCCGCAUCAUCGUGCCCUCAUAUCUUCCCCCGAAAACCUCUAGCCGUUCGUUUUUUUCGUUAUCAACCUUCUGCCGACCGUGAUCUUAUUCCUAUAGGCUCGCCCACGGGUAGAGACUCGAAAUAUAUAUGUAUAUAUGUGUAUAUACAGUAUAUAUGCGAUAUACCUAAUAGUCUUCAAUUUUUCAUACUAUAAUAAAUACGUUAGUCGAAACUGUCAUCUUGGGUUUUUGCUUUUGUGGAUAAGCUCGUUUAGAUUCGGUUAAGUUACAGGAAGAUAAUACGAUCCUUUUUUGCAUCUACAGACUAACCUGGUACCGUACCCGAGGAUCCAUUUCCCGUUGGCCACGUACGCGCCGGUGAUAUCGGCCGAGAAGGCGUACCACGAGCAGAUGACCGUGGCUGAGAUCACUAACGCGUGCUUCGAACCGGCCAAUCAGAUGGUCAAGUGCGAUCCCCGGCACGGCAAGUACAUGGCGUGUUGUAUGCUGUACAGAGGUGACGUGGUGCCGAAGGACGUGAACGCGGCUAUCGCCACCAUCAAGACUAAGCGGACCAUACAGUUCGUUGACUGGUGCCCGACCGGGUUCAAGGUGGGCAUCAACUAUCAACCGCCCACCGUGGUGCCGGGUGGUGACCUGGCCAAGGUGCAGCGGGCCGUAUGCAUGUUGUCCAAUACGACAGCUAUCGCCGAGGCCUGGGCACGGCUCGACCACAAGUUCGAUCUGAUGUACGCGAAACGAGCGUUCGUCCACUGGUACGUGGGCGAGGGAAUGGAGGAGGGAGAGUUCAGCGAAGCCCGCGAGGAUUUGGCCGCGCUAGAGAAGGACUACGAGGAGGUGGCCACCGACUCUGCGGAUGGCGACGGAGACGAGGGAGACGAAUACUAACCACUAGCAUCGGCAUCACCGACGGAUCCAUUCCUCCAUCACCACUACCAUCACCACCACCAUCACCGAGAAUCCCAUGACCACGACCAAUCCAAUCUAAUACCUAUACGUGUACAAUAAUAGUGCAGCACUUCUGAUUUUAUAUAUAAUAUAUAGGGUACCGUUUUCCAAAUAGACAUUGUGAUAUUUUCCCUGAUCGGUAAUUUGCAGAGUGGAUAUUUUCCUCGAGACACAACAACAAUAAUAAUAAUAAUAUUACUUCUAACAAUACACUGAUCUAUUCGACAACGAUGAACUGACGAGUAAUUAAAAUCCAAUAAUCCUGUUUAACCGUUAAUCUACACUCAAAUCGCAUUCGGUUCGGAAUUAUUUUUAAUUUGAGAUCGUGCUAAUUUAUUAUAUUAAUAUUCAAUUUUGUUUAGUGUUUAUACGUUCUCUUAGAAUUCAAAUACAUAAGUACUACGUUUUUUUUGGAAUAUUGUUGUUUCUCCGGAACAGCUACAGAGGUUGAAGUGGGAGAAUCUAUGAAGGUAGAACUAUACUCGACAAACAUCGAGGGGCGUUCUCGAGAAUUAACUAAAGCCAACCAAACUUUUAGGAAAUCUGUCACGGAGACAAGACUUCUAAAAUGUUUUUCUCCCAUACAAAUUUGUUUUUACAAAUGUUAUGAUGAUAGGAUUUAAAAAUUAUUAAAAUACAAUUUCCCUAAAAAUAUUAUUUUACACAGUUACACUUUGCAUGUUUGCUCGGUAAAAAUUGAGUCCCUAGACAGAGUUUGAUUAUGUAUAAUCCAAUAGUAUUAAAUAAUUAAUUUUCAAUAAAUCUGAUUCGAGUUUUUAAAAUUGCAUUAAAAAUACCUUAACUACAACAAUCAACGCGUCCCUUCGGGCUUCAAAACUUAAACUAUAGGCUAAAAGGGACGAAUAAUUUUACUUUAAACAAGAUGGGGCACCUCCGUCUUCCAUCUAAACCACAACCACUGUCUGGGGAUGAGGGAAAUGUUCACUCUACAAAAAUACUUCCGACCAUACGGUGUGAAAAUCUAGGUAUUCUGUCGAAAUGUCUCCUCGUCUGCACACCAAUCCGAUCUCCGUCCUAAUGCCUUCGUUAACAUUUUUAACAGAACAGGUUCUCGUCAGUUUUUAUAUUUUUAUUAUACAUAUAUACUUAUUUAUAACACACAUUUUUAUUAUUAACGUAGAUUUAUAAGUGUAUACGUGUAAAAUUAUAACGUGUAAUUCGCUAUAGUCGGUACCUACGCGUAUAUCUGAGAAUAUAACGACUUAUUUUGGUUAAGAAAAAAAAAUAAACACAAACAAUAAUAAUAAUAAUACUACAGUAAUACGAGUUCCGUAUAAUUUUUUUAAACACGCAUAUAUCAUAAACAAGCGUAGGACUUAUCCACCUUAUAAUAUUACAUUCCUACCAAGGCAGAAAAAUAUUGUUGCCGUGUAGACAUUUCCUUUGUAUAAGUACUUAUGUUUUAGUUGUUUUAGACGCGUGUGUACGCGACCAUUAAACAAUAUAUAAUACAUGGUAUCUCUAUACGCCGUGUCCGAUUAAUUAUAACCGCUUUGUUUUAGGCCUAUGAUUAUUAUUUUACCCGUCUUAAUGCAAUUGAUUACUGGUUGAACAAAAAACAAUAAAAACAUAUGUGCAUCUAGAGUUAGGAAGUUGUGUGUAGACCAUCUCUAUAUAGAAUUUAUAAAUUAAAUUAAAGUUAAUAAUAUUAAUAACGAAAAAAAAAUAUAAAAAAAAAAAAACGAAAAAACGAAAUAAAAAAUGUCGUGUAAUUGUAAUUAUAUUAUCUUCCUAGUAUGAGGCAAACUUAUAUAUCUACCUAACUUUAUGCACCUUAACUUUUAUCGGUACUUAACCUAACCUUUCUAACGUAGGUUCAUAUUAUAUUGGACGAAUAAAAAAAGAAAAGAAAAGGGAAUGCCUACGUCUGAACUUUAGACGUAGGCAUAAUAUAAUAGGUAUACCUUCUUGGUUUAUUGAACUAAAAACGGUUUUUUUUUUUUAUAAUUUCGUUAUGAUUAUCAUAAAAUUACAUAGAAUUGUAAAAAUUGUAAACUAAAACCCGUCGUAUACAAUAGGGCUUAAAUAUUAUACUUGUCUAAUAACAAUAUGACACACGGUUAAUCGAACAAUAAUUAUUACACGUACUUACCAACAUAAUAUGUAUAUAUGUAAGUAGGUUCAGUAUUCAUAGGCACAAAAAUAUCGGAUAGAGGUUUUAGUCUCACCAAAAAGUUAUUUAACCUCUCUCUCCAUUAAUAACCAACGGCUUACAUUAUUAAUAUUACAUUAAUAUAAUAAAAAAAAAAUCCAUAUAUAUUUGAUAAUCUAUUAAUAAUUAUACCAUGAAAAAAAUAGCUUAUAUUAUUAUGAUAUGUGGGUACAGAUAUAUAAUAUAUCGAUAUCAUAAAAUAUAUAUAGUCCUGGUGGAUCUUUUUUUCUGCUAAAAAAUAUUGUUUUUAAGUUCAAAACGCUCUUUGUACUUAUGUCUACAUUGUGAAUAACCUAAGUAAGUAUACAAGAUAAAUUAUUGACAUAUUAUUAAUUGUUGAGUAUUCGUACAAGUGGCGUGCUCGAGAAUUUUCAAUGGGAGUAGGUGUAGUAUUAAUAAUAACAAUCAUGAAUACAAUUUAUACUUAACCCGCGACGAUAAAAAAAAAUUAAAAACCAGAAACAAUAAAAUUGCAUACGGUAGGUAUGUAGCCAUAGGUAUAGGUAAUAGGUACCUACACACAUCGAUGUUCGACAAAAAUAUUACUAUAAUGAUUAUCUAUAUAUUAUGUAGAUUAGGUACCUAUCGUAUUAUAAAAACCUAAAUAAAAUAAUAUAAUAUAAUAUAUAUAACCUAUUUACUGUAUAGUUAUAAAAGUUCACUUUUUAGGACAAUUAAAUGUACGAAUGUUAAAAAACUUAACACAAUUAAUAUUAUUGUACCAGCAGAAUAAUUUUUAUCGAUUGUGUGAUUUUAUUUGUGUACUUAUCUACAUAAUAAAUAAUACCGAUG